AGGGGUAAAGUCGUAGAAGAAAUUUUACACCACACAAACGGAAUUUCGCUGGCCAAAUAACAACAAUCAGCAUUUCUCCUGAGGCGCAGGAGUUGGCCAGGCCAGGAGAAUAUAGCCAGGACACAUCUAGUACUUGUCGUCUGCCCAAAAACGGCACAGUGCCCCACAGAGCCUCCAGUGAGUGGUGAACUCAAGGAGGUGGUGGGUGGUGCUCUUAUCGGCCUACGAAUUCUCCUAUGCCCGCUGCGAUAACAGCCCCGCAGAUCUGGCCGUCCAGAUUGGUACCAUGGGCUGUAUCACCAGCACCAGCAAGCUGAACGAGCUGCGCGGCCAUGAGAACGUGUUCCGAGUGCGAGUUGCUCAUCUUCAGCCCACGCCGGGCACGCCCAUCAUUCGUAGUGGCUAUCUGGAGCUAACGCCCCGUGAACUGAUCUUCCAGACGCCCGACUGCGAGCCUAUUGUCUGGGCACUGCAGCAUCUCCGACGCUAUGGGUUAAAUGCGGACCUCUUCUCCUUUGAGGCGGGACGCAGGUGCAUGUCCGGACCGGGAAUCUACACGUUCCGAGUGCACAACGCAGAGCAGCUGUAUCCGAUGUUUCAGCGCUACAUUAAUGCUGUCAAUACCGAUGCCUUUGCGCAGGGCGAACGGGAGCGAGUCAACUCCGCCAAUUCGGUAUCCGCGAAUAUGGGCAGGACGGAGGGCAAUAACUACCUGGAACCGGCUCCCUUGAUGAGCCGCCAACUGGGCAGCCUUCAGAGCGAGCACUCGAGCGGAAGUGCAUCGCAUUCGCUACAGGCAAACGAUUCGCAAGUCGACGACUCUCCGCCAAAUUUGCAAUCACCAGUUCUGAUACCCAGUGCCUAUUUGGAUCAGCCCCUGCGUGCUCUGCAGGAGUGCUGCUUGGAAGGCACUUCCACGGAUUUGUUGACUACCCCCCCAUCUGGCAAUAGGUUGAAUGCGCGAAGGCGUACUUUAGACCUGCCGCCGUUGGAAUCUGCCCCAGCUCCAACUCCUGCUUUGAGUCCCAACGAUGCUGUGCACAUGUACGCUAAUGUCGAGGCCUUGAUCUUCGAUCUAAGCAAUGAGCGGUGCUAUGAAAACGUGAAUCGCUUGGAGCUGCCCUUGCUGCCGAGGGAACCGAUAGUCAGCCAGGAGCCGCCCACGCCCACCAGUUUGGCGGGCAGUAGUGGAGUAAACUAUAUAGUGCUGGACCUAGACCAGCCACGAAGCCCUGUGGGUGCAGCAGGCUCGCCCAAAGCGAUUAAUGGAUUCGGCAGCGGAAUAUCGUUGACCUCCACUGUAGUAGCUGUGACAGCUCCAGUGACCCCGGAAGCAGGUACCACACUGGACGUUCCCCCACCACACUUUCAAACACAAAGCCUGAAUAGUGUCGCUGCUGAGGCGGUAGAAGCCGCAACAAACAAGGCUACGGAGUGCUCCGGGUCCCAGGGCUAUUCCACCAUCGACUUUAUCCGCACCUAUGCCCUGAACAAAUCUUCGACAGAGCUGCUUGAACCAGUUACUCACCGCCAGCAUCCGUCGCACGAUGCCGAGGAGCUCCGGAUCACCAGGCACAGCAAAUGCAUACGCAAAGCUUACUCCAUAAGUGAAUGAGAUAGGGGAGGUGGAACUAAUAUAAGUGGAAGCCGCGUGCACAACGAAUUUACAGAAAACGGAAAGGAACCAGAGCGCUGCCGAAAUAGGUCCAGAAAAUUUAGGAGGCAAGCCAGAAAGAGAUUUUCAGUGAUGGAAAAAAUAAUCGAGGAGGUCUAAAAUCUAGAAAGCAAAAUCCAUAAAUACAUCUACCAUUGAUGUUAGGUUAGGUCCUACAAUGCAAAAUUAGGUAUGAUACAGGAAUACCAGACAAUGAAUCAAUAACAUCAGCGAUAUAAGGGAAUGAAUCAAAAGAAAAGAAUUAUAAAUAUGUAGAUCGAUAGCCAGAAAACUUAAGGAUUUGGAGUACCAAAGUACUAAAAUAGAACAAAAAUCCGAUUGAAUUGCAUAAAGUUGACCAAAAAUGCCUAAUGCUGUGAAGGUAAGAAUUCCAAACUCGAAUCGAAUCAAAAGUAUAUUGAAAAAAAUAAGCUUGAGAAUACAAAAGGGUUGAUGGCGUGUAUAAAAUAUGGAAACAAAUGGCCAUAAUUGGGAUCAAAAGGAUUUUAUUGAAAAAGAAACUAACAACCCUAAAAAUUUUUAGUUUCCAUAUUUUGUAAUUUAGCUCAUGCCAAAUCGUUCCAAAUUUGUUUAUAUACUGGUAUCGCACAAUAAUGUUCAUGAAGCUGGAAGGACCUUUGCAAGAAAGCGAAUUUGAAAUAUGCAAGAUAGUAACUUUCCAACUUUUUCCAAGAAAAAAAUAAUGAUAAGGCUUUUUAAAUUUUAUGGAAUUAAAAAAAAUUAAGAAAGGUAAAGAAGGAGAACGUGGGUGUACAACGAAUUAACUGAAAUCGAGGAUUGAGAAAUGGCAGAUGAUUGUGGUAAAGUGAAAAUUGAAGAGUGAUUUGUCCAAAGAUUUGUUUGCUUCUCCCUGGGCCAAGCAUUAACGCAAACGAAUAACAAUAUUAUAACCAGGUUGUUUUAGUAGUCAGUACAGUAAACUCUCACAGCCAAAAACACAUAGACAUGAAUUGCAUACGUACUUAACUUGUAUUUAAGGAUAGUGACAUAGAGUUACUUAGUGAUUAGGUGAUUUGUGUACUUGCCAGCGGCUGUUUAGAGCUAGUCAUUAUUGAUUUUGUGCAUAUAUAUUAGUGAGCAACACGAAAGGCUUUUAACAUUAAAAUUGUAUAUGAUAGAUAUUUAAGCGUAACUCCUAAGCACCAAUAUAUACAUAAUCGACGUACAUAUACGUUGGUUGUUGGCCAAGGC